GAGGGCCGAGGAGCUCCACAGCGCCGCUCGCCCUCUCUCCCGCACGUCGUGGCGCAGACAGAACGCUGCGCAACCUUGGCCGCCCAGCCGAGCGGGGAUCCGCGAUCUGGCAGCCGCUGUGAUCGGAUGCACGCCGGCCCUUCACUCGUCUCGCGCCGCGGGAGUGGAUGACGCCGAAGGUCCCCCCACCCCCGUUGAAGCUGAGCUCAGAGGCCAUUCGGUGAAGCGUUUUUCCGGUCAGCCAUGAUGUCGGUACGAACCCCUCCCCUCUCCCGCUCCGGCUCCUCCCCCUCCAAUGUGGGCGUGGCCAACCGCAGCGGCCCCUCGGCCGCACCCCCCACCUCGCUCAGCCUGCGCUCCUCUUACAACCAGCUGCUCGGGCGCGACGUCAUCAAGGAGUCGGGCGGCACGGAGGGCGCGGGUUCGGCCACCUUGCCCAAGAGCCGUCAGAGACGCACAAUGACCAGCGUGCGCAGCGUGACGGGCAUAAGUGACAACUUGUCAUGCAAGAAUCAGACUGCUAGCAAGGGCAGGGGUCUUCCCACGAAGUCCUCAUCCAGUUCUGCCCUCUACUCCUCUUCCUCCCCCUCGUCACUCUCUAAUACGACCAACCCGAAACUGGCCAAGAAUGGAGCCAAUAUGCAGAGACGUGCUGAGAGUCAGCAGCUGGAGCUGAGCAGAGCCAACACCGAGGGCAAAAUCCACAACGACCCCGCGGACAACUCUAACUGGCCCGAGUCGGAGAACGACAACUCCCAGCCGCCCCCGUUCCGAAGACGGACAAAAAGCUUCUUGGAGUACCACGACGAGGGCUGGGACCUGAGCUGGGGAAACAAGGAGAACAAGGAAGAGAAGAUGCAGCUGUCUUUCCCGGAGAAAGAGCAGGCCAGCCCGGUCAAGGAGAGGGAGAGCCAGAAGGAAGAGAAGCCCAGCGGCAAACGCUCCUGCCAGGAAGACCAAGAGAGAGAGGCCGUGCCAGUGGUGAAAGAAGAGGAAGAGGAGGAAGACCGAUUACCAACUGCAAGGCAGCCUCUGUUGCCCGUCGUGGUGGAAGCCCCGCUUCGCUCGUCCUCUUCUUCAUCCUCCGACAGCCCAGAGUGGGUCCCGGAAAACCUCCAGGCUACAGCCCACAUCAGAGAGGAGCACUGCAUCCAGGUUCAGGGAAGUCCCAGAAGUCCCGCAAAGCCUCCUCGGAGCUCCCAGCCCAGAGUGAUCAAGGUGGAACUGCACCCCAACAAUGAGAACCAGUUCCUGCAACAGUACCCGCCAUCCUCCCCGAAGCAGCCUAGGGCCAGUGAGAGGAACACCCCUACAAGGAACCGGGAACCCCCCGCCGUGCUCGAUCCCCGACCCGAGCGCGGGCUCCCUAAAGUGAGUUUAAGAAUGGAUUUGACUCCUGACACUCCGUCGGAGGACGAAGACUCCAGCUGGACCACUCUGUCCCAGGAGUCACCUUCUCCUCAGAGUCCACAGGAGACAGAUGUUUGGUGCGAGGGGGACCUGCCCCCAGGCUGGCGGCAGAUCUCAGACUCGUCCGAGGUGUAUUUCUGGCACGUCCCCACCGGCGCCACUCAGUACCACCGACCCGUUGCCUGCGGCGAGACGGAAAACAAACCGCAACAGGAGACGCACGACUCGCUAAAGCCACCCGACGAGCGGCCCAGCAGUCUCAUCUCAGACGGCUCCGUGGAGCCCGCCUCCUCCCCAAACUCGCUCUCCCCCACCCCCUCCAAUGAUGUCACCCCUCCUGCACCGAAUCUCAACAGCGCCACCUGCACACUCAAUGAGCUGAAGGACUAUCCAAUCUAUCCUGACCCCAGUCUGAAGGCAUUUGAAGGGGCCACCCUCCGCUAUGCUUCGCUCAAACUCAACCCUGCAGCCCCACUGGAAACCGUGGACCUCGACAAUAAUUCCGCAGAUCCAGAAGCAAUGUCGUUUCCGGUGCGAUCGUUGGGCUGGGUUGAGAUGUCGGAACAGGACCUGUGCGAGGGGAGGAGCAGCGUGGCCGUCCACCACUGCAUCAGACAACUGUCCUACUGCAGGAAGGACAUCCGAGACUCAGCUGGCGUCUGGGGAGAGGGUAAAGCGAUGCUGCUGGUGCUUCGAGAACGCAUGCUGAAUCUGCUCGACCCAGAUGAUCAAAGCCUCCUCCACUCUCAGCCAAUCAGCAGCAUCCGUGUGUGGGGAGUCGGCCGUGACCACGACAGGGACUUUGCCUACGUGGCAAGGGACAAGAACACGCGGGCGCUCAAGUGUCACGUGUUCCGAUGUGAUACGCCCGCCGCAGCCAUCGCCACAAGUCUUCACGAAAUCUGCUCCAAGAUUAUGGCUGAAAGGAAAAGUGCCAAGGCUGCAGCUGGCAGCUCCUCCCAGACUGGCUCUGAUGUGCCCCUACAAGAAUUUCCAAUGCCAAAGACUGAGCUGGUGCAGAAGUUCCACGUGUUCUAUCUGGGGAUGACGUCAGUGACUCGGCCCAUAGGUAUGGACAUCAUUAAUGGAGCCAUUGACAGCCUGGUGUCGUCCACAGGCAAGGACGACUGGACACCUGUCGUCCUGAGCAUUGCCGACACCACCCUGGCUGUUAUCAAAGAAAAGGAGGAGGAAGAAGAAGAAGCGAUGGUGGAGUGCCGCGUGCGUUUCUUGUCCUUCAUGGGAGUCGGUCAGGACGUCCACACGUUCGCCUUCAUCAUGGACACCGGAAACCAGCACUUCCAGUGCCACGUGUUCUGGUGCGACCCCAACGCCGGCUGUGUGUCGGAAGCCGUGCAGGCAGCAUGCGUGUUGCGGUACCAGAAGUGUCUGGUGGCGCGGCCGCCCUCGCAACGCGCCGGCUGCUCGUCCUCGCCCGCCGUCGCCGCCGCCGACUCGGUGAGCCGCAGAGUGAGCACUAGCGUCAAGCGUGGCGUUCAGUCUCUCAUAGACACUCUGAAAGCCAAGAAACAGCCAUCGGAACUCCCCCAGCAAUGACCCUCGCCGGUCAGCACGGCACCCAAACCGCCGCCCACCCAAACAACUCACAUCUCUGCUGCCAUGGUAACCAGUCGUGUACAUAUAUGUUAGCAAACGCCACUCUGGACAACAAUAUAAAAUAAUGAGGAUGAUAGUCAAGUGUGCCAGAUGUUUUUAAUGAAGAGGAAGGAUCACGUAUUUGGCUUUCUGGGGAGGGGGGGCGUGCGUUACAGUCUCGAUGCUGCUCCGGAACGGUUCACGGAAUCACUUCAAUGUUCGCACUCGAUCAGCGCUCGACUGAAAGGCGGAGUCAGCUCAACCUCGCGAUCUUCAAGUUCGAAAUCAGACGGACUGAUCGUCGUCCGGCAACCUGCCGCUGCCCACUAAAUGCCAUUUAAAUGGCUCCACGCAGUAAUGAGGGAGGGGAAGGUUGGAAAAGCAUUUAUUUAAAAAAAAAAAAAAAUAAUAAAUAAAUAAUAAUAAUCCCCAUCGCAGAUGAUUGUGUGAAGUGAUUGUAAUAAUCAAGUAAAUGCAAUGGAAUGUGUGUAGGAAGAGUAUAUUUCAGGCACAAACAUGUGGGGAAGAGCAAGUUUUGGAUUGUGCAUGCUACCUUCAAAUCUUUUACGUGGAUGAGAUUCACAAGUGCUGAAAACACAUCGAGUAGACGCUCCCAGCACAAGUAAACGGAUCAACAUAGGCACAAGAAAAUGAACUCCUCGUCAGUCAUGAUCAUCAUGUCGCCCGGACACUCAACGUUUUUAUGUCGUUUUAUAUUAAUUACACACACACAGACAAAAUCUGUUCCAUAUUAUAAAUUGAUAGUGACUGCUAGCAAUGUCACAUUCUUUAAUAUGUCCUCAGGAGGUCUGAUCAUUACAUUCAUAGUGGUGCCUUGAGAUAAGAAUGAAUCGAAAUACCAUUGCCCCUACCCACCCACCCCACCCGCCCCCCAAUUUUUUUUUUUUUUUUAGUUAGGAUAAUAACACUCUAUAAUAUUGUACUUUAUAAAAACAUACAGUAAUGACAGAAUUAAGUAGAAUGUUACAGAUUACAUAGUUUCUGCCACAUUUUUUUGCUUCAAGUCAGUGGACAUUGUGCUGCAACUUCUGGUGUGCGAGCCUUGGCUACCUGUUCAAUACAGUCGUGCAGACACCAACGAAGAAGAGUUUCACAACUACUGUAAGUGACCAAGUAAGCUCUGUAUGUAUAAGAGGAUAAAGAAUAUAUGCCUGUGAGUAUUGUUAUAUUUUCUGUCUACAAAUGUCCGUUGCUUAAAGCAUUUUAACACCACCACAUAGAUGCUAUCCAUUAGCCCAGCUAUGGCAUUUUGCAUUGUUUGUUCGCAUUAAGCUAAGCGGACUGAUGGCGAAACCAUGUGGUUGUUUUGAAUACACAACGCGUACGUUUCAUGUUUAGUUUGACGGUAAACUUCAGCUGGGAGUGGCAUUAAACAACUUGAAGAACUGCUUACUAUCUGCCAAACUGCGGCUUGUCGUGAAGUGAGUUGAGAGGAGUUCACUGCCACUAUAUCUCCAAAAAAAAAAAAAAAAAAAAAAAAAAAUGAUCGUAUCUCAAGGUACCACUGGAUUUGGUCGGAAGUGAAACACACUGCUCGGUUCCUCUGUCUGUCAUCGACCACUUCAAAUGUAAUAAAGACGCAAGUCAAUGCACAUUGAAAUGGAAAGCCGUUUAAACAUUUACUAAUCACAAAUAUGACCACUAGUAGUUUUGCCUCACUAGUAACGGAGUUGUCCUACCAGUAUACCACGGUAGUCUUACUAGUGUGCAAAGGUUCAUACAGUAGUGGGAAAACAACAAUACAUGACAUUGACAUUUAUUGCACACUAGUCAUUCUACUAGUCCAAUAAUUGUGUUUCUCGUGAAGACAAAGAGCUAUGUGCUCUUUGUUCAUAAGCUGUGUGACAUUUAUUUGCUGUCCAGUUUGAGAUCCAUGUACUAGAAAGCAUUUCCUCCUCUCUUUAGAAUGCUAGUAAGAUAAGCACGUUACUAGUAACAUGCAGAUGUCAAAUAGUGCAGCGUUUUACCUCUCGAGUACAGUGUAGUUGUCGCUCUAGUAUGCCAAAGUUGUCUUACUAGUUUGCUGAAAUGUCAUACAGUAGUGGAAAGAAACCUUAUUAAUAAGAAAGUUGUUCUACUAGUAUGCCCUAGUCAUUUUACUAGUGCGCUGAAUCAUCUUACUAGUAAGGAGAAGGAGCGCACUAGUGCAUAGACCUCAAGCUGGAUGUCAAGGAAAUCAAAUAAAUGUUCAAACAGCUUUCCCUGCCCAGCAGUAUAAAGUGUGACGUCACAGCUUUUAAAGGGCCAGCGCGCCAGCACCUGCACGCCACUCACAAGCUCUGAAUGCAGUCCAAAACGUUUCACAAAACCAACACUGCAGGGAGGCGGAUAAUGCUGGCAAUCAUUCCGGGUUCAGUCAUGGCACAUCGACACAAUGUAAAUGUUAUCUGUUGUGACAAUUAAUGGGGAAAAAAACAAACGAAACAAAAAAAAAAAACUUUCACAAAAGAAAGAAAGCAGAUGCAGCCUCUUGAAUAUGUGCUUUAUCGUUGUUUUGACAUUUGCCACUGACAUGACAUUGAGCCCACGGUUGCAAAGGGACUCGAAAUGUACAAACGUGCCACGGAAAUUGAUGAGAAUGCUGGGAGGUGAUUCAUACCGAGUGUCAUAUGUACUGUGUACUUUAAUUAAAUAAAAUAAAAAUACAUAGAACUCGGAUGUAGAUUAAAAUAAGAUUUGCUCCCAGUGAUGGAGAAAUGAGUGGUACACGGAUGCACAGUGCGGGCAAGAAAUUCGGCAGCCUUUGCAUUCAAUCCAAACCUUUAGAUUGAAUAUGUUUUGAGAAUGUGUUUCUGUUACUGUACAAUUAAAUUCCCUGUUCCUAUAACCUAACCUUUAUAUACUGCGGAACCUCUAAGUAAAGGCCAGAUUGCUUCAGAUAUUGGGGACAAAAAUAAUGAAAAUAAUCAUUUGAUUUUCACUUAACGGACAUCUCGUGUAGCACACUGAGAUUGGAUGCAAUUUUUAUCUGUUUUUACAAAAUUGUUUGGCUUCAGGUGCAUUGUUCUAUUCAUCGUUGAAAGGUGCUAUUUCGUAGAACUAGAUAUGUUUAUUAUUAUUAUUACCUAAUUUUACUGCAUAAAGUUUUGAACUAAAAUCAGUUCUUGUCAGUGUGCAAUAUCCAUUUUUAUGUAGAUUUCAGAUUCAAACCCAAAUGACAAAUUAAAAAUGGCAUUUUCAUGGCUUUCAAUAGGCCGAAGGUGGCCACCAAAGAGCCAAAAGCGACAAUUUAAUGGGAAGUUUCAUCACAUUUGCAUAAAGACAGCUAAAACCGUUGGAAAAAAAGUAUGUGAGGUUGACACAAAAAUGGUCCAGAGCCCGGAAAUUCACAACCAUUGUACAACCCCAAUUCCAAGGAAGUUGGGACGUUGUGUUAACAUCAAUAAAAACAGAAUAUAAUGAUUUGCAAAUCAUGUUCAACCUAUAUUGAAUUGAAUUCACUACAAAGACAAGAUAUUUCAUGUUCAAACUGAUCAACUUGUUUGUUUUUAGCAAAUAAUCAUGAACUUGGAAUUUGAUGGCUGUAACAGGUUCCAAAAAAGCUGGGACAGGCUCAUGUUUAGCACUGUGUUGCAUCACCUUUUCUUUGAACAACAUCAAUAAACGUUUGGGAACU